CCUCCAAUUUUGGAAAAAUAUGAGAUGCGACCUCAGACAUCAUGUAAAAUAAUGGUACAUAAUAUAAUUUAUGGAAAUGUGAUUACCAACGCAACCGAAUAUGGUAAAAUUACUGAACAAAUAGCCAUAAAAACCCUCACAGAAAUUAUUAAAAAACCAAUAGCAAAAUGUGGAUUGUUUAUCGACAGAAUGGUUCCUUACCUAGCAGCGACUCCGGAUGAGCUAAUCGGAGAGGAUGCGAUUUGUGAAAUUAAAUGUCCUUAUUCUGUUAAAAAUUACGAAAGUUUAGAAAAAGCGGUUUUUGAUAAAAAGCUACCUUAUAUGAAAGUUGUAAACAAUAUAUACACUUUAAAAGAAGAAAACCAUUAUUUUUAUCAAAUACAAGGGCAAUUACAUAUCACUGGUCGUCAAAUAUGUAUUUUUUUUAUUUACACAUCAAAAUGGACUCAUCUUGAAGUUAUAAGGUAUGACGAUGUAUUUUGGGCUUCAAAAAUGGAAGCGCAUCUCAAAUUAUUUUACGAAGAGUGCUUACUCAGAGAAAUUAUAGACCCUCAAUAUAGUAAAAGAUUAUUAAAAAGUGACAUUAUUGAGCCUCCACAUAUAAUACAAAACAUGAAAAAUUAACAAGAUAAAAAAAAUAUAUAGUUCAUAUAUAUAAUAAAUUAUAUUUUUAGGUGUAUUUAUUUAAAUGGAGAAAUAAUACAUCCACACAAACAAUAUAUGUUUUUCUAGAAAUUAUUAUUAUUUACAUUUGUUUUUUAUAUUA